GUGAGCAGCAUCACUGACAGCGGGAGCUAGCUGGGCACAGUGAAGGGGAAAGCUCACAAAAGCGGGAAGGAACAGACAAGAACGAACUCUUCAGUGGUAAGUAGGCAUAGGAAGCUGAAUGGCCCUACAGUUUCUUUCUCCUCAGAGCCUGUUUCCUUGUCUCUAAGAACUCUGGCUUAUCCUAGGCUAGAGUGUUAGAGAUAUCCAACUCUAAGCAUGAAAGAGCCACCGUAAAGGCUUCUGUUCUUAACACUAGUUACAGACUGUACACAUAUUUAUUCAUGCAACCAUCCUCUGACCUCUACUCCUGGCCCCAGGAACUCAGUGUUUGGGACAAAUGCUUUUCCAACUGUGUUUGGAUGUACCUAUAAACACUUCCCGCAACAGGCUCCUAGGUGGUGUCACUCUGUAGCAUUUUCAUGAAACAUUGUGUCAGGAACAUCAUUCCAAGUCCCCAUGGGUAGAAUUGCAUUUCCACACAGCCCUCUGUAGACCUACUCUCACUCAGCUGUGAACGUGUUCUCACUGGGUACCCCAGAGUACAGAGAAUUCCUGUCUGGCUGCCCUUCCUCUGACUCCUGACAAGCGUCAUACUUUUAAACUGUGUUGUAGUAAUAAUAAUGCUAAUAUAAUUAAUGCCCAGCAUUCUUUAGUAUUUUCAAGUUUAUAUUAGACCAUCUACAUAUCAUAACAGUCUUAUCAUAUCUACUUUGUAGAUGAGAACACAGGUGUGAAAUAAUUAAGCAACUUGCCCAUGUUAAUACAAUCUAUAUCUGAACUCAGAGGGUCCAACUCCAGGGCUCAUGACGCCAAACUCCCUCUCUACAGUUUCAAAUUAUGAUACAUCUAUCUGCUCCAGGGUGUGUCAUUUACAAUGCAAUGUCACUAACAUCUCUCUCUCCUCACAACUACUUUUAUGAGAUACUAUACCUUGUCCUCAAACCUCGAACUAUCAUUAUUCUUUUUAAUUUUUGUACUUAUAAAGUUUAUAUAUAGAUAUGAUAAAAUUAUUAUAAUGAAAAUUUAUAAUUUUUCAAAAAUGCAUUCUGAAUGAUAAAAAUGGUUGAAACAAAGAAGGGACGGGGUUGGGGGGGUAAGAAGAAACCACUUCCUGUUAGUAGAAGAGGAACUGGGAGGCAGAAAUCCUCUUCUCUUUGUUCUAGAAGGUUCCUGAGAGGGAUAGAAUAGAUGGGAAGGUUAUUUAACUAGUGGAAAUAGAGGGGUGCUUUUGAACCCACUCUUUUGUCUCUAAGAAAAGUUUGAACUUAAGGCUGUCUUCCCAGCUCCUUGGGAGGCUGAGACAGGAGGAUCUCAGCUACCCAGGAGACUAACAAUAACAAGGUAUAUAGUUCUACCAGAGGUAGAGUGAGUUCAAAUCCAUUCUAGAGAACUUAAGAAAACUGCAUCUCAUACAUAAUAAAAGGUAGAAAGGCUAAAGAUAUGUGUACAUACAUAUAUAAGCAUAUGCAUACACAUAGACAUAGACACAUGCUUAUGCAAACACACAUACACCAGUGGGACAGGCAAGUUGACAACCCACCGUUUUAGAGGAUGGAAAAUGGUCUACUUUUGUCAUUUGUUGGUAAUCCCUUUUAAGGAGAGAUAAUCUCUGUGUAGCUGAGUUAGAAAAUCCACAAUAAGCAAUCCUUAUCAGUCUUGAGGGUGCCAAGACUGAAGCCCCUCCUCUAUUCUGGAACUUACUAAUGGGGUUUUCUGGCUCCUUGAAAAGUUUCUUACUGUGGGGGACAAUGCAGCCACUGGAUCAGCUGUUCUCGCCUGCAGGUCAAUAUCAGAUUUCUUGAAUAUCGGAUAUUUAUGUUAUGAUUCAUAACAGUAGCAAAAAUACAGUCAUGAAGUAGCAAAGGGAUUGUUUAAUGGUUGGGAGUGACCACAACCUGAGGAACUGUAUCAAAGGGUCACAGCAUUAGGAAGGUUGAAACCCACUGCACUAGAUUAAGGGUAUUUGCUGGUAUUUGCUCUUUAAACCUAAUGCAGUAUUUUAAAAACAUGCAUUAGCAAGUUCCAUUUCGAAACUUGGCUUCGAAGUCACUAACUGAGCCUGUGAGGUCUACCCAGAGAGUGCCUAGGGGAAAGGAAGCCACCGUCUGACCCAAAGACUGUAGCACAGCUACUUCCCUCUGUUUCCAUGAGUUCAAAUGCCACAUAGGUUGUCCCCGUGGUGCAGGGGCCUGAGGUCAGCUCGUUGUUUAAAUGGGUCAGAAUCUUUCUUUUUAAACUUUUUUUUUAAAGAUUUAUGCAAUUAUUUAUUUAUUUAUUUAUUUUCCCUCUCACUGUCCCGUCUCGGUCACCCCUACCACAGUCCUUCCCCCAUCCCCGUCCCCUUUUCCUCUAAGCAGGUAGGCACCCCCCUGCAUAUUCCCCACCAUGGCACAUCAGAUCUCUGUGAGGCUAGGAGCUUCCUCUUCCCCCUGAGACCAGACGAAGCAGCCCAGCUAGAACAUAUUUGACAGAUAGGCAACAGCUUUUGGGAUAGCUCCAGUUGUUCAGGACUUACAUGAACUCAUACUGCACAUCUCCUACAUAUGUGUGGGGAGACAUAGAUCCAGCCUGUGUGUGUGUGGUUUUUUUUUUUUUUUUUUUUUUUUGGUUGGUGGUUCAGUCUCUGAGAGCCCCAGGGUCCAGGUUAGUUGGCUCUAUUGGUCUUUCUGUGGAGUUUCUAUCCCCUCCAGGGCUGCAGUCCUUCUUCCUGUUCUUCCAUAAGAGUCCCCAAGCUCCAUCCACUGUUUGGCUGUGGGUGUCUGCAUCUGUCUGAGCCAGCUGCUGGGUGGAUUCUCUUAGGGAGCAGCCAUGCUAGAGCCCUGUUAAUGUUUCAUCUGGGCUGCUCUUAACUCCCUGUGGCCAGCCCUCGGGACCACAGUUUUAUGGCUCACCUAACCUGUGGUGGCUUCUUCUUCCUCCUCCACCUUCUUCCCUUCGUGGUUCUCCUCUCUUUUAAAACUGUUUUUUCAAAAUGUGUCUAACUUUUCUACAAAGCAGGAGUGGCAGCCCCAGACAUGCAGGCAAGCACGGAGUCUGUGCCUUAAACUGCAAAGACUGAGCCAGUGUUUUUGAGAAACAUUUUGUCUAUUAAACGUGGCACAUGCCUUUAAUCCCAGCACUUGGAAGGCAGAGACAGGCAGAUUUCUGAGUUCGAGGCCAGCCUGGUCUACAGAGUGAGUCCAGGACAGCCAGGGCUACACAGAGAAACCCUGUCUCCAAAAACAACAACAACAACAAAAAGUUUUAUUAAUGAUACAUUUUUCAAUAAUAACAAUUGUAUCAUUUUACCAUUUGUGUAACUGUCUUAAACAUUAGUUUGAGAACUUUUGUUAAAUGAACAUUAUGUAAGUUCUUUGAGUCUCAUGGAGUUCUAAACUGUACAGAAAUCCAAAAUUUCAUUUUGGAUGAAAGAACGUUAUUAAAAUCCAGAUAGCAACUCAGGUAUUUGAAUUUCUUCUGCUUCAGUGGUGACAUUCAGGUUCCCACAUCUGAAGAGCUACUUUCCAAGUUCAUUCCAAGGUGGUGCUCCUGGUGGGGGUGAGGGUGGGGGGACAUUUCUGUAGACAGAUACAUCACCUUCUUUCCAAGACUCCUAGUACUUUCUGGAACUGGAUUUAGCCAUUCUGACAGGUGUGUUUAUCUGUUAAUAAAACUCUGUUUGGGAAGACAAUAUCGUGUAUAAUAUUCCUCUACCACACCAGGUUUUCUGGGUUUGGUGAUAGCAGCUCCCUUUGGUACCUUAACCCUGCAGACCAGGGACUGUUUUCUUCCAACACAUAUUGCUCAAGACAGUUUUCUCAGUGUUUGGUAGAGAAAUCUUUCUAAUUUGCCUAACUUAAUGGGCGUUUUCACUCUUGAGUUACACCCUCUUCAGAGAAAUAAACAUCCAUCGUUCGCCUACUUCCGUUAGUUUCCCUCUGAUGGCAUCAUUGCUUUCCCAUGGUCCAGCAGGCACUGGUCUCAUGCUGGGUCCAUCCUGUACUAAGACAUCGUCAUCAUCUGCGUUAUAGCAUUGCCCGACACCCACCCCUGCCUGCCCUUGACCAUCAUCUUUGAAGUGACAUCAAGAACUAUCACAUCUUCAGAUGUCAGAAGUGGGCUUUUGUUUGCUGUGGCUUCAGUCUUAAAUAUCUCUGGACAAUUUUGAAUCUCAGUACCUAGGUCACAUGAGGAAAACAAACUCUUUUUCCCCCCCAAAUAGUUUUGUGAUCAGCACUGUUCUCAAAUGUCCCAAGACCUUUGCACAUACCUACCAUAAAGAAAAAGGGACCUGACUCAUUCUGUUGACACAUAGCAUUUUGGGUCAGCUCUGGAUAGCUGGGGAGCCGAGUAAGGGGUCAGUGGGUCAAAAGUCACUGAACUGAACUGAACUGAACUGACCUGACCUAGCAGAGUGGUUGCUAGACACAGACUGGGAUACAAGCUUGAUCAGUUAGCAAGACUGAUGAGUCCCACCUAAACUUCCUCAGCAGGAUUCUUGCUAAGACCACAGGAUGGGGGUGGAGAUCACAGAAGAAGAGAACUUAGAGCAGUGGCUGGCCACCUGUGUGAUGUGACCCCUUUGGGGAUUGAACAGGGUGGCCCGAGACCAUCAGAAAACAGAUAUUUACAUUGAGAUUCUUAACAGUAGCAAAAUUAUGAAGUAGCAACAAAAAAAUUGUAUGGUUGGGGUCUCCUCAGCAUGAGGAACUGCGUUAAAGGGUCACAGCAUCGGAAAGGCUGAGAGCCACUGACUUAGAGUUACCCGACUAAAGCUUUAUCAAGUAGAGUGUUUGCCGCCACUGCAAAUGGGGAGAGGGGAAGAGGGAAGAGGGAGGCUUGCCAUUAAGCAUCCAUGCUUUGGUUCUGAUUCAUAGCAUUGCCUCUGUGACCUUAGGUUGUUACCGUGACUCCACAGUGACGGUGGGCGGCAUGCAGCGUGUGUACGUGAUACCAGACAAACCGAAUCACAUCCGUUGGUGUUAAGGGCAAUAGUUGAGGAGCCUUCUCUAAGUGAUCCCUUCAGUGGUUUUACCAGCUUUCUAAUUUAUUCUAUCCCAGGCCCUUUGGAAGGAACAGGAGGAUAGCUUUUGAUUCGCUUGGCCCAUUUCCAUAUCCCCAAGACCAAUCUGCUUCAUUAGAUACAUUAGAUGCAGUUGCUUGGUGCCGCAGUUACGGAUGGAGAUGUCCCUGUGUGCAUGCUCUGUGCCGCGUACUAUCCCUGUGAAUUUAAUCAGGCGCACACAGCACAGGUGCAGAGGCUUGUUUGAAGCAAACACACACUUUUUAAGCGGCAGGCUUAAAACCCAUACCCAGUCAGUUCUCGCUCCCACCUCUGGUGGUUUUGACCUGUCCUGUAAACAUUUCUUCCUUUUCUAUUUGUAAGUUAUACACACUCUUUAACUCCCACCCACCUCUAACAAAAGAACAAGCUAUAGAACUGUAAAAUAUGUUAUUAAAAAGUUCAAAUAAUACAUGAUUUACUGAAAGCUGUAAAGAACAAAGGGAAAUUGUAAAGCCAAUAAUCAUUGUUAAUACAUGAGCUAUAUCAAGACUUACUGUAUCUUAAAAAAUAAAAGUGGAUCCUUCACACACGCCUUUGAAGGGGUCUUCUUUGUGAGUGUGUACUGGACUCAUCUAUAGGUCAGUGUCCAGAGUGGCUCCUAAUAUUUCAGUGGAAGGCUUUGUGCUAAUGAAUCACUAGUGGUUGUCCCAUCUGGGAUUUACAUUUAGGCUUUUAAGAUUUAUUCUCCUCUAAUUAUUUCCUUAAGGACAAAUUCUAGAUGUGGAGAGCUUGGUUAGAAGCCAUGCACAUUCAUAAUUAUGAUUCAUGUUAUCAGACUGGCUGUGCCACUUCAUGCUAUGGUCAGCAAUGUGUGACUGGAAACUGAUUUAGCACUAAGCCUUGGAUGUUUGCUAACCAUCAAAAAGGAGAAAUACUUCAUUAAACUCAAGCUUGGUGAAAUGAAGUGUGCACGUAUAUGUUUAUAUCAUCUAUCACAUAUUGGCCAUUUGGACGAUGAUUCUUUCUGGUUUAUAUGGUUUGUCUACUCCUUGGAGAUAACUAUCAUUUAUUUAUAAGAGCUUUUUAUAUAUCAAGGACAUUAACCUUCAGCCUAUUACCUCGCAGCAUUUUUCUCUUAGAGUGAGCGUAUUCGUUAGUCUUCUGAUUGGUGAGACACAAAUUUCUGACAGAAGCAACUCUAAGAAGCAUGGCUAGUUUCGACUUACAGUUCCAGGGCACAAAACCCAUCACAGCGUGGAAGUCAUAGAAGCAGGAGCUUGAGGCCGCUGUCACAUUGCAUCUGCAAUCAGGAAACAGAGCUGGAGGUCAGCUAGCUUCCUUCUUUUUAUUUAGUCUGGAAAGUCAGUCCCACAUUUGGGGUGGGGGUGGGGGUCUUCCCAUCUCUAUUAACCCUGGUAGACACACCCAGUGGUUUCUCUCCAUGAUGAUCCUGAAUCCCAUCAAAUUGACAAGGUUAAACAGCGUGUUCAAUAGCUAGCUCUCUAUUCUUUCAUUUGCGUUGCAAGGUUUAAUUUCUGUGUGAUCAUAUUUAAUCUCUACUAUGGCUUCUAUUUAGUAUCAGUCCAAACUUUCAAAGUACCAUAAUAAAUAAUCUUAGCUUUUUAGCUGUUGAGUGUUCUUGGUUAUUAGCCACAGAAGCACAGCAUCGCAGGGCGAGGAAGGAGAGAAGAGCUGUAGAGAAGACGAUGUCAUCUCAGUCCAAGCAAGUCAGGGCAUCUCCACCAGGAACUGCACCUCUGCACCCAGAAGCCACCCAGGAGCAGACCAGAUGUUCUUUCUUUCCUCCAUUGGUCUCACAUCUGCCUGUCCAUGCCAGCAAGCGACCGGGACAUGCAGACUGAAGCCUCCAUUCCACCCUGGAGUUCGGGAAUGAGGUUGGAUUUGCUUCAGCUUGGAUCAGUGGUCCACGGUUGGCUUCCACGCCUGUGACCAGGGAGCCAAGAUCACAUCUCAGCAUGGCUACCGGAGCCUGUCACAGGAAACGAGGUCUGUGUAAAGAAGGAAGGGGUAGCAGUGUGGGCUGGUCAGAGACUUCAGAAAACUCUACUAUAGGCAACAGCAUCUAGUAACGGACACCAGAGUUCCUUAUUUACCUCAGAUAAGUCUGAGUAGGUCAGAAAGUAAAUUGACCUCAUUUUUACGCAUUCUCAAAUCAACACUAAGCAGUCAACCUUUAAAGCUAAAAGGAUUAUAUCAUCGGACAGAUGAGGUUUUAAAAUUGAAUCUUUUAUGCACCUGUAUGCACUUGCUCUUUUCCAAUACAAAUAGUGUCUGAAAUGCCGUGUAUUUGUGUCUGAAUGUAACUGCUACCCUGCCUUGACACUCAGGGUGACAUCCAUGUUAUCUGUUUCAGUCUGCUCUUACGUUGGCCUUGGGAACUUCAGGCCUGUCCAACUUUUUGACAUUGCAACAGAAUGUUGUCAUCUCAGAAUUCAUGCUCUGGAGUCACGCCAUCAAGUUACAAAAAGAAUAGUAAAAUAAUAACGUACCAAAAAAACAAUCUCAGAAUGCAGUGUCAUUGGGUGGCAUUCCUAGCUCUGCUGGGGCUCAUGGCCUAUGAACCACAGGUUGGAUACACCUAGACCUUUCUUUUUAUCCCUAAUCUCUACCCUAGAAUGGAUAGACCUGGGCUACCCAUGGAAGUCACAUCGUUUGAGGGUUUGUUCUCAUGCUUCGCUAAUACAUGUCAAUAAAGGCGUUGCAGCCCUUAAGGCAGAGGAAAACCUCAGCAGGACUGUGCAUCCUCACAUAUUACCUCCCUCUGUUUCCUAGGCAGCUCUAGGCUGAUGAGAGACAUCACCUGUCAUCAAGGGUCUAAUCUGUUUUAUAAAACUGAAAUUCAGUUUAUCUUCUGUAACCUUUUUUUAAAUCUUCCAAGGUCUAUACCACUUCUCCCCAUUAGAAAGGGGUCCAAUUGGAUGAACUACUUAUAUUUAUUUGCUUUGUUAGUAUGCAUGCAGGUUUUCUCAGUUCAUUUAAAGUCUGAGGCUUGAUGGUGGCUGCUUUUGUUUGUCUCGGAUCUUGAAUCUCCGUAUUGGAAGAGAGCACAGAGGACGACGGCUUGUUUCGCAGUCUUCUGCAUAAAAUUUCAUGCUGUCCAUUUGGAUGUGAGAAAAAUAGGACCACAGAUGACAGACAGUCUUGUGGCGGUGGUCAAUUUGCAUGUCCUUAUGCUAUUGUGUUAAAGUAGAACUUCACCAGUGUGGUUGAACGCCUCACGUCAAAACUCAGGGAAGUCUCUGUAGAUGCUGACUCUGGGAGACACUUUUCACAGCUCACCCCUGAAAAGCCAGCCAGGUGGGUGACUUGCGGGGAAGCUGUGCUCCUAUGUGUGUAGCCUGGGUUUUGUUCCUAGAUGGGCUGUACCGUCAGCCACCUCUCUGGUGGCUGGAGUGAAGCCCUUACUCGGGAUGGUAUGGAUAGCUAGUGCUUCAGUUCACCACAGUUUUGGCCUCCGUUUUCUGUUUUCGUAUAAAACAGAGGGGUGGGAUUGGAUUGGUAGUUUCCAUCAUUCUUCUUUUGUACUUACUCCCAAAAUACUGAAAAGAAACCAACAUAGGAUUAUCUUUAUUUUGCCGAGAAGAUGGUUAAUCAUAUCAUCUGCUAUCCCUGACAUGCUGGGUAUGUUUGAAAGCCAGAAGUGUAGUGACACACGACCUCAGACACCAGAACAGUUUCUAAACCAAGUACUUACACUUUAUGAAAGCACUGUGAAACUGCCGAUGUUUUCCUAAUAUUUUCAUGGACCCAUAAAACCAUGGAUUAACUAUCUUAGAGAAUGCUAAGGCCCUUUGAACUUCUGAACUCUGAGUCCCUGGGGUCAAACUAGAAACAAUGUAUAUUGCCUUCCAGACUAAGUAAAGUCCUGGUGGAACCUUCUGCCUCCUUGGUUGUAAUAUUUCCCCCAGUAAUUUCUUAUGACCCCCCCCCCCUUUUAAGACAGGAUUUCAUUGUGUCACCUUGGCAGAGAACUCACAGUAGAAAUCUGGCUGGUCUGGAUCUCAGAGAGAUCUUCCUGCAUCCGCCAUCCAAGUACUAGAAGUAAAGGUGUGAACUACGUUUACAAAAAGUUUGAAACUUGCAGAAAAUAAAAUGAAGCCAGUGUGUACCGGUAACCAGGUCCCCACUCUCUAGAUUCUGUAAUUCAUACCUUGCUAGUUUGCUUUGUGAUGUAGUUGACUGUGGUGUCACUCAGCUCAACCUUAUUACAUAUAUAUUUUCCUUAAUCCAGUUACUUUAAACUAUGCCAUUCUUUCUACUAUAAUUAAAAAUUUUGGACUGAGUGGUUUUGAUCUUCUCAAAUGAGAAAACCCACUAACAGUUGGUUCUUCUUUGAUGCCGGGGGAAUGCCCCACACUGGACUUCUGCAUCACUGGUACCCUGCGAAUACCUCAUCCUUAAACUUUCUAUGCCAGCAUUUCUCAACCUGUGGAUUGUGACUCUUUGGGGCUUGAAUGACCCUUUACUGGGUCACCUAAGACCAUCAGGAAAUGUAGAUAUUUACAUUACAGUUCCUAACAGUAGCAAAGUUACAGUUAUGAGGCAGCAAAUGCAAAUAAUUUUAGAGUUGGGGGGUCACCACAACAUGAGGAACUGUAUUAAAGGAUUGCAGCAUCAGGGAGGUUAAGAAACGCUGUCCCACAUCUCAGCAUUCAGAUUGCUGAGAGCUUUGCAUGGGGUUAACCUGGAAAAUGUCUCUUGCUGUGGUUCCUGUUUCAUUUCAUCAUGAAUGGGUUGUUGGAAACUUGAGUCAUCCUUCCAGCCAGGGGCCGAUCAAGUGACUGUUAUCCAAGAGCAUUCUUUAAUAAAGACUCCAGGCCGGAGCCUGAACAGUGCUCAGGAUGAAUCAAGACGUUCUCGGCCUGUGACCUCUUAGCUUGGAAGCAGAGACUGUUUGCUAGGAAUAGGACGAUCAAGGUCCCGGUUUGCUCAGGGUCUCUUGUGGUGUGGACAGGCCAAUUCUGGUUUUUUUGGCAUGUAAAUUCAUACUAUUUUUUUACACUAUCUCUGACUUAAUUUUCUCUGUAGUACUGGUUCUCAACCUUCCUGAAGCCGUGACCCUCUUUAAUACAAUUCCUCGUGCUGUGGUGAGCCCUGACUGCAAGAUUAUUUUCAUUUUACUACUUCAUAACUAUAAUCUUACUACUCUUAUGAAUCAUAAUGUAAAUAUUUUUGGAGUGAGGGGCUUGCCAAAGGGGCUGUGACCUACAGGUUAAGACCUGCUGCUCUAAGUGGCUGUACAAGUUAAACACUAACAAGUGUUUCCUGAGGACGGAUUUUAAUGCUUUCUGGAUAUGAUAAAGAUAUAAUAAUAAUAGUACUGCUAAUAAUGCUCAUUUAUGACUAUGGCUGUAGAUGGUUGCUAAGCACCCGCACGGGUUCUUAAUAGAAACAUCUUUAGUGAAGAGCUUCCCAGCAUCUGACUGUUUCGCUCUCUGUGUCUCUCCGUCUCUCUCACCAAAAAUAAACAAAAACAAAAGAAUAAAAUGAGGACCGACAAGAACUCUAGUUAUCUCAGAAUCCCGUGCUGCCUUUCAGUGCUGGUGCAGGCUAUAGAAUCACUCAAGCUGACUGAGCACUCCGAGGGGUAGGUAAUUCAUUAAGAAAGAGCAUCCUGAGCCAGCGAGAGGGCUCAGUGGACAAGGACACCUAAGUCAGAUGACCUGAGUCCCAUCCCUGGGACCCACACAGUGGAAGGAGAGAACUGACUCCCACAGACUGACACCUGAGCCCCACCCAUGCUCUAUGGCCCACAGGAGCAUGUAAGAGGCACAGAAGAUGAAGAAAAUACAGUUGGGCAGCAGCCGCAAGAGGUAACUCAUUCUUGUAAACAGUUACCAUGAAAAGGAGCUUAAGGUUUCUGCUGCUAUUCAAAAGAAGCCAGCAAGGCCUCAGUUUUCAGGUGGCUUUAAUUGGAUGGGGGAAAAUAAACACAUUUUGAUCAAGAUUAUGUUUGUCAGGCACUUUGAAAUAAUCUCACCGCAGACACCAAUCUUCUUAGUUAUAGUUAACUUUCCUGGUAUCUGUGCAUCCUAAGUAUAACUGGGGCCUGUCAAGUUAGCAUAUUUUUUUCUUCUGACUAGAAAGUGCUUUUUCAUAAUAUAAUGUCUUUGGAAAUGCAGUAAGCCUUGAAACCAAUCUGUCCACUCUCUGCGGGGCGUUAAGACGUCGAUCCUGCUACUUGGAAAUGGACUUCUUAAUUCUCAAGAUCAGGAUUCAAAUCAUAAGUCAGAUUUUUAUGAGAAUCUUUCUAACUUUUGGAGAUGUUUUCUGAGUUUUAAACUAAACUGUCACGUUUUAAAGGGGUUGUGUUUCAGGUUAGUGAUUGGGAGAGCAACGGGGCUCCCAAAACUGAGUAUAGUGUCCCCAGAGAUAUUCGCUCUUAAGUAACCAUAUAGAUUGUAUACAUCUCCAUCAGUGACUUGUUAGGCCUUACACAACCUUGCAGGACCACCAGUGUAAUUAAUCACUGCAGGUCUGUGGGCAGACAGACAGACAGAUCAAUUACUCGGUGAGCUGAGAGGGCCAAAGUGGCUUGUAUAAUGCCCUUUUAGGGAGAUGAUAAAUAGAUUUUUUUUUAAGCAUAAAAAUUGAUGCCUUCCUACCAGGUGGCCAUUUCCAUAUUAUGUAUGGGAAGGGGGAGAAAUCUCAAGUAAUAAAUCGAUUGCUUUAAAAAAUAAAAAAUGUAGCAGGUCGUUGAAUUAUUUAAGUGAUCAGUUCUGGUAGACCACUAGCCAUUCCGAGUCGUUUAGAGAAGGCGAGCAUUGGCAAAUCAUGUUUAGACUCCAGAGCUGGCGGGAGUCACAGCUGGGACGUGACUGCUGAGGGGGAAGCGGUUUGAAGGUAGAGUAGAUGUCGGUUAUCCUGUAAGAGGGUAUGAGGGACAGUCCGGCUGGGAAAGCAAGCUGCUAACAAUACAGAAAGAACGCUAGCCUUUUCCUCAACAUCUGAAAUAAAUGACUAGCCUUUGAGGAUGGUGGACUCUGGGAGGAUGUGUUUGGGGGAUGGGGAGGAGAAACGGCAGCUUUAUCACUCCUUAGGACAGUAUUCCUCCAUAAUGCUGCGAGUGGAGCAGAGCCAGAGGCGGAUUAGAUGGCCUCCUGCCACCUCCCCAUGCUCUUAUUAAUGGGUGGAAGCUGCUGAGGGCCAGGCUGCUCCGUUGCUAGAACCAGGUGCCCAGAGCAAGCGCGGCUGGUAAUUCAGAGCGGCCACGAAUAGGAGAAGAGUAGAUUUGGCAAGCCGGACUGUGGCAGCUGCUGUGUACUUACUUAUGGUUUUAAAUAGUGCUCACAGGGGGGUUUCACGGGCCAUACUUGAAGCCCUGUCUCUGCCCCUCCUGCCUCAAGGCAUGAGGUGAAUACUGGCUCAGGCCACCUGGGCUGUGACAGUCCUUUUGUACCUUGUGCCCUCCUGAAGCCUGCCUUGCUCCUUGCAUCCCACUAUGGCUUCCCAUCCUGGGGGCCUCUAAGUCCUGAGUGCUACCUUCUCAUCCAUGAGACGAAAUGCUCAAGAUAGGUGCUCGUGUAAGGGAACACAUUUUAUGCAGCUCACAGCUUUAGAAACCUGUCUGAGCUGGCCUGGCUCUUGACCUAGGUGGCACAGUACAUAAUACAUCAUGGUUCUCCUCAUGAUGGCCAAAGGAGAAGGGAGAGGGCGAGGGCGAGGGCGAGGGCGAGGGCGAGGGCGAGGGCGAGGGCGAGGGCGAGGGCGAGGGCGAGGGCGAGGGCGAGGGCGAGGGCGAGGGCGAGGGCGAGGGCGAGGGAGAGGGAGAGGGGCAGAGGGAGAGCUCUCCUGAUACUCCUUCAACAGGUACCCCAGUAACUGAACCGCCUUCAACCCGCCUUGCCUCUUAAAGGCUCCACCCCCUCCCGGAAGUAUGCUGUCUGGGGACCAGUCCUUGAGUGCUUGGCCUCUGGGAGGCAUAGGACCUCAGGAUGUCACCAUGUGCUCUGGACUCCCGGAAAAAGCUUGUUGCCUAACCUUUGACCCUCUCGUCAUUGUCUUGGUUUUAAAAUUCCUUGGGGAAGAUUUCCUUUGCAAGCUAUACCACCUAAGCAUGAGCUUCCUUCAUGAAAGAAAGGAAGGGAGGAAGAAAUCAAUUAAUUAACUUACCCAGGCACAUCAAAGCCCUUAGGCUUCAUGGAAAGCAUUGUAAUGACCCCUGCAAAAAGUUCUGUUUCAUCCCAAAGGAGAGCAUCCGCCAUUGUUUCACUUAAGCCUAGAUCCUUACUGCCCACAGCGUGGCAUCCCCCAGGCCCCAGUACACUACGGCUUCUGCAUCCUGGCGCUGCGGUCCUUGACCCCUGUAAUUGCAGAUUCUGCCCCCGGGCUGGAUUUUGCACGGAUACCUUAGGGCUUUGCCCUGUGUGUUCAGGUCAGGUUCAAUGCCAUUGUGUUUAGAAUUUUAAACUUUCAACACCUUCCUCAAGCACAUUGCUCCAGAAAGUCUCCAGUGUUCUGUUCCUUGUUGAGAAACCGCUGCUGCUGCGUAAUGGCUUUAUUUUCUCGGGUUCCACCAUGCUGCCAGGCAGCCUGAGAGACCUGACGCUCGUCGCUGCAGAUUUAAUUAAACUCGUGCUGAGAAUAAUAUUUUCCUUGCAGAGUUCAACCCUAGGGCAAAAGUCUCUCUUGUAAAAUUUUCUGUCAUUUGCUAACUACGAAUGAGAAGAACUUACAAAUAUCUUUAGAUGGUUACUAACCUCUCAACAGGGGGAAAACAUGAAUUAAUUAGUCAGGAACUUAGAAGUAAUUUUUAAUGUUUGUAUAUUCUUUAUUAUGGAAAUGAUGGUUUAUUGUUGGUACUUCAACUUCUCAUAAACAUUAUAAAGAACAUAAUUAUAUGUUAUUUAUCAAAAUGAUAAACUAUGAUCUCUCUCUGUGUAUGUUUUUAUUAAAUGAGAUAAUUCUCCAUACGCAGUAAUUUACUUUUUAAAAUUGUAUUUAUGUAUUCUGUGUAUAUGAGUGUUUUGUCUGCAUGUACAUUUGUACACCAGAAGAGGGCAUGAGACCCCAUGAGACUACAGUUAUAGAAGGUGAUGAGCCACUGUGUGGAUGCUGGGAAUUGAACUCAGGGCCUCUGUAAAGAACAGCCAGUGCUCUUAACCACUGAGCCAUCCCUCCAGCCCCUCCAAGCCUUACUUUGCUUAACCUUAAAACGAAUACCUUUCCAUAUAAAUACAAAUAUCAUAUUCUUUUAUUUUCUUUCUUUUUGAGAUUGCUUUUAGUGUACAGAGUAGGCUGGCUUGAACUGGCUCUAUAGGCCAGACUAGUGUAGUCUGAUUUUCUUGCCCGUCUGCUGAAUGCUGGAUACAGAUGUGAGCCACCACACCUGGCCUAACCCAUCAUUUUUAGUAACUCCAUGUUGCCUCUUGUUAUAACGUGUUUUCCUCUCAGUUAUAGCCAGAUUUUUUUUCAUAUUGAAAAUGGUUUCAUCUUUGGGAGGGUGCACUAGGGAUGUAUCUCAAUGGCGGAGUGUUUUAGGAGCACAUAAGCAGAUCUCAGGUGGAUUUCUAGCAACAGAUGCUUAAGUACAUGUGAAUGUGAGUGCAUGCGCACACGCGCACACCAGUACACCAAUUCUGGUAUAAGCAUCCAUGGAGUUCUUAUACAUAAAUCCAUGUUAGGUCAUAUUGUGAAAAGUGACAGGUUUAAGGGGGGUUGUUUUGUUGUUGUUGUUGUUUUGGGGGGUUGUUUGUUUGCUUUUGUUUUUGAUGAAAAAUAGCCAAAUGGGACUUUUGAAAAAUGUCAGAUAAAGUGUUUUGUCUGAAAUUCCUUUAGUCAUAUGUUUGCUGAGAUAUGCCUGCUGGGUGAAGGGACUCUACUUCUCUUUUGGACACUUGUGUUUAAAUUGUAUUUUAGAUAAAUGUUCUUUAAGGACCAAUUUCAGGCCCACCUGGAUGAAUCUUCAACAGGAAAGGAACAUCUUAGCUCUGGACAUUUGACAGUAUAAACAGAGAUGUUAUUAAUUCCAAAGAUUUUAUCUUUAUAGACUACUCUUGAAGUGUCAUGUUAUUAUUCCUAUGUAUAAUAUUCAUAUAUAUGCAUGCAUGCAUAUAUGCAUACAUACACAUACAUACAUAUAUACAUAAAUACAUAUAUCCCUCCCAUACUUACCAUAAAAUCAGCACACUGAUUAUCCAAUGUACAACUGAUCGACUGGGAACAUACCAUAGUUCUCUUCAUUGCACACAAAGGGAAAGUCAGCUUUGUUCUGCAGGCUAAUGUGAAAGUCUGUGUUCAGCUCACAGGUGUGAGUUGCCACAGUACCUGGAGGUUUCAGAUUCACUUUGACUCCAUGUAUCCUGCACCUGCACUGCCCUGUGUUAUGUGACUAAACUUUUCCUGAAAAGAUACAGCAUAGAUUUCUACUCACCCCAGAUAAGGGAGCCCAUGACAGACCAAAGUACAGAUAGAACCAAAGUCCAACUUGGUGAACCAAUGAGUUCCAUUGGGGUUACUUAUAGGAGUAUGGGCGAGGGCUUACUUACAGAAGCAGAAAUGACCCAAAGAUAAACUGCAUCACCAAAGCCCACCCCAGCAUGGUACAGAAAACUCAACUGUUUGGAGGGUGUCCUUUCCUGGUGGUUCAGUUGGUCUUAAUCUCCUCCUGGUUUCUGCUUCUUUAUAGCGUACUGGACGGGGGGGGGGGGGGGGGGGGAAUAUGGAUGACCUAGUGAAUUUGUUCAGUUUCAGGGACUUCCUGAAGCUAUCUUGAAUUGCUUACCUUCCUGUUUAAGGAGUGUCCUGCAGGAUGGAAUGUUUUACUCUCCAGGAAACUGCUGUGCAACACUCUAGGGAAAUGAAACACACCCAACUCUUUGACUGGUGGGAAGCCCUUAAAAAGCAGUAAGAACUAAGAACAAAUCUUUCAGGAGAAAGUAGGCUUCUUGGUUUAUGUGCGUGAGUAGCUGACAGCGAGGUGUGUCUUGUGAUCGAAUCCAGAAACUGUUGAAGUUUCCACACACCAACAGUCUUUUUACAGUGCCCCCCCUUUCCUGUUCAUUAUUCUUGUUAUAUAGUUUAACAAACAUAUUUGGCAGAGUAUAUAAUGAGAGUGUCUAAUAAGCCACAUUCCAUGGUUUCAGUUACCCACUGUCAAUUACCCUCUAAGAAUAUUAAAUGGGAAGACUCAGAAAUAGGCAAGUCAUACAUUUUAAACUGUGUGCCUUUCAGACUAGUGUGAUAAAACCUGAGGCUACCUUCUCAACAUGCACAAACCAUUCCUCAGUCCAGCGUGCCCACACCGUGUGUGCUACUCUCCUGUCUACUUAGCUGUUGGUUGCCAGACGAACAGAAUGAAAGUGCUUGUGUUCAAGCAUUUCUUCUGUAUCUGCCUUAGGCUGUGUCAUGAUGCCUGCAUCAUCCACCUCUCUUCACUAAGACUGUGUCACGAUGCCUGCAUCAUUCACCUCUCUUCACUAAGACUGCAUCAUGAUGCCUGCAUCAUCCACCUCUCUUCAUCUCACGAACAGGCAGCCUAUCCUCUUACAUCCACAGAUGCGUGAAUACAACCUAUCCUGGAAAAUACCACUUCUCCUAACUUUUAUUGCAUAUCUCGUGUUUAUCUCACUACUGAUUAUUGUUAUUCGUCUUUACUGUGCCUAGGUUAGAAAUUAAGUUUUAGCAUAGAUUUGCAUUGAUGGGCCAAGUGUAGACUUACAAGAGUUGGAUUCUAUCUGCACUCGAAGGCAUCGUCUGAGUCUCUGGAAUGUAGUCCCUGAAGAGGAGGGAGGAUGGCUGUGACACAGAUUGCCUGCUCUUUAAUCCUUUAUGUGCAGGCUGAAGCAUUAUUGAAUUAGGUACAGGGUGGACUUGGUGGUGCUGAAACUUGCAGUUUGCAAAUGAUGCAGAAACCAAAUGCUGCCUACUAUGGCUUCCCUCUCCAGCCACUAUUUAAAAUCCUGAACCUGUAGACAUAAAGGAACUAAAACAAGGAAAUUCUGGAUUAAAUUGAAGUCUUUAAUAUCUGUUCUCAUGUUGGUGUUCAGAAAAAGAUCCCAAAAUACUUUUAUUCUUGGCUAUGCUUAAUGUUAAUGUUAUUUCAUAUAUUUAGAGAUCAAAACAAAACAUCUAACAAUAUUUAUAAAUUCACUUAAGAAACAUGUUCAUUUUGUUUUGUUGUUAUUUUUGUUGUCUUAAAUAAAGUUUUGGCCACCAGCGUGGCUGGUCUGGCCUAACACUUACUAGGUAGUACAAGCUAGCCUUGGAAUUAUGAUUUUCCUAUCUCAGUAAACAUAUUAUUAAUUAAAUAUUAAUUCUAAAUUAAUAGUACAUUUAUUAAUAAAUUAAUUCUGAAGCACGGAUGGACCUCAGUUGACCCUUGAGAACCUCAGACAUCUCUAAGAUUCCCCAGACCAUAAUCUGCUGAUGUGGCAUUUAUUACAGGGUUGGAAUACCUUUAAUUUUCUGUCGUGAACUAUGUUUUAUAGAUAGAAAAAAUACUACUAUAUAAAAGUUACAAUCAAAAGCAGUUCCUCUACUUCUGACGUGAAGACAUAUUCAAAAAUUCACUUUCCUGACCUCCCUGUGGUCGUUCGUCUCCAUGGUACCUGAGGUCUUGUGGGGCCUAUGUGCCUGGGCUGUUUAAGACCAUUAAAUGGUUGUUUGGGGUUAGCGCUAUCUAUCCAUCCCUAGUGAUAAAAGUGGUGGGGCCAGAAUUCAUUAGCUAGAGAUAAAGCACACAUCUUCCGGCACUGCGGGUUUUUGCAUUUCCCGGAUCAUUCGGUGUGGUAUUCUUCUAUUCCUUCUUCGAAUUAUUGUGACUCUGUACUUCAUGUGGUUCUAAGGGCAAAAGAUGCAAAGCUUUUAACCUUAGGGGCUUUCACUGUUGCUGGGAAGAGGGACGCCUGUACGUAGCAGUGCAGAAGAGGCUCUGGUGCCGGGAGACCAUGAAAACAUAUGGAGGAGGUGGCCUGGAGUUGUUUCUGCUCAUUCUCUAUCUACCCAGCCAGUAGCUGUCGCAAAAUGGUUUACCUUUCCAGUCCUCCGUUAGCAUAAUCCUAAAUCAGGUCAUUGCCUCGGCCGCUUCCAGAAUUGGGUGUUAGAAGUUGCGUGCUGAUUAAUUUCUGCUGGCUUUUAAACUGGUGCAACGUUCAUAUAAACUCCGUGGGUUGGUUUGUGGUACUGUGUGGCUCUUUUCUUUUUAGACGGGGUUUUAAAUACAAGCUCUGAAGGGUUGGUCUGCUCUCUGCAAGGGUCUGCACAAAAAAGUCUUCUUGUGAUAAGAAGUGGGGUGGCAGGGGGGGGCACAUGAACUAAAGGUGUAGUUAUACUUGAUAAAAUGGUGAACAUUUCUCUGACAGUAGUGAAAACCCAGCUAUGGUGGAUUGAUAGUUUAUCUUCUCACUUAGGGCCAUAGUCUGCCUCUCCCUGCCCUUUGCAGCACUAGAGGAAAUGACACCAAGUGGAACUUAGAACACUGAGUCAGAGAAUAACAAAAUUCAAUAGAAGCUCAUUGAGUUUUAAACGGGACUAAAGCUGUAUGAGCCCCUACCCUCAACUUGGUGGUAAUGUUUCCGUUAGUGCUUUGUUCAAGAACGUUGAUCGGAUGGCUGGCUGUGUUAACUGAAAGGGGGUGUUUCAGACUUGUUCCCAGUGAGACAGACAAUAACAUCAUGUUGGUAAUGACAGGUUGUGAAUUCCAUUCCAUGGUAGCCACCUUUGUGACAAGCUCCACUUCUAGCCAGUUUGUCCAUGUCUGGAUAGGGCCUACUGAAAGUUGGGGUGGCGGGGUGAGGUGGGGGAAUGGUUAAAACAUCUUACUGAUCUUUCCAGAAAAAUAAAAUGGAGCUCACAAAUAUUGUAAAUUCAAUUCCCCUUGUUAGUCCCAAGCUAUGCGUGAGUAGGUAACCUCAGGAUGUCUCUGCAGCUCCCAGAACUGUGCUGUCACUUGGUGUAGGGCUAAUGUCCUCCUUUCUGGCAGUUAAAUUGCUGUGGAAAGUGGCUGCCCUUGAUGCAAUUUUAAUCAAUAUGUUGUACUUUCAUGCGGCCCCAAAGCCAGAGCACCUCGCCUCAGCAUCUCUAACUAGAAGGUCAUGGUGUCUUGCUUGUGAUUUGAUUUGGAAAUUCACAGAAGUCAAAUUGGGUUUUGAAAGUACCAGGAAAUGUGAAACUUAAUAUGCCAAUGUGUGACGCACUUUACUGUGUUCAAAAUAGUUCUCUUUGUCUGUGUCUUAGUUGGAGUUUAUAUUCCUGCACAAAACAUCAUGACCAAGAAGCAAGUUGGGGAGGAAAGGGUUUAUUCAGCUUAUACUUCCACAUUGCUGUUCAUCACCAAAGGAAGUCAGGACUGGAACUCAAGCAGGUCAGGAAGCAGGAGCUGAUGCAGAGGCCAUGGAGGGAUGUUAUUUACUGGCUUGCUUCCCCUGGCUUGCUCAGCUUGCUCUCUUAUAGAACCCAAGACUACCAGCCCAGAGAUGGCACCGCCCACAAUGGGCCCUGCUUCCAUGAUCACUAAUUGAGAAAAUGCCUUACAGCUGGAUCUCAUGGAGGCAUUUCCUCAAGGGAGGCUCCUUUCUCUGUGAUAACUCCAGCUUGUGUCAAGUUGAUACACAAAACCAGCCAGAACAGUCUGCAUUGGUUCUUUGGAUUUGAACUAUUGGGGACCAAUUUUUCUGAAGUGAAAGAUAAAUAUUGGGCUGUCAGACGGCGAGCAGUAAGCAUCCAUACAUCCUUGAAGGUCAUCGGGGGCAAGUGGCUACAGGCGAGUUGUCUGGACUCUGCCUACAUCAGCUUCCUCUCUAAUGUGCUUUUGGGUCCCAUUAUCUGAUUGAUUAUCUUUGAUCCUAGUGCCUUCGCCCCUCCCAUGCCUGCAUCACCAUCUAUUUCUACAGGAGGGUUACUCUGACUGGAAACAGUAUGCUCACAGAGAACUUAAAUAUCUUUUCCUGUGCUAUCUUGGUUUUUAUCUCCUUUUAAGCAAGGACGUACCUUAAUUACUCAUUUAUUUUAGGAAAGUUAGCAACUUCACUACUCUUUUUUAAUAAGCAUAUAAGUGGUUAAGUACUUUGAGAAGGAAAGUUAUCUCUAUUCCAUUCUAUGACAUUUAGACUUCUCAGGCUACACUUUGACACAAACAUCAAAACCAAAACAAAAGAAACUAAAACUGAGUUCCAUCAGGAAGCGGUCUGACUUGAGUCCGUUUUAAGAGAGAACAAUGUGUGGUCAGCCCUGGCUAGAUUAGUCAGUGAUACUGGGAUUCCACGAACACAUAACAUUCAGGCUGUCUCGGUGGUAAUUCGGUCUUCAGCUGGUUAAUAUUAUUAACCCUCCACCGAGUGUAAGGUUGUGAAGGAUAAAAUAUAACACAUUCCGUCUUCAGUGGUCUGUAGUUUAGGGAAUGGAGAUGUUACACAUGUGAUUCUAGUACAGUGAGCCACUGAAACAAAGGAUUCGAAGUAAAGACGCCGAGUUCAACAGAGUUUGGGAGAAACGAGGAGAUGCUGGGCAAAGCUGACAGUGAUCUAACUCUUGGGGAGGAGGUGAGGGGUGGAAUAGAUCUGUGACGAACAGAGCAAUGAGCUCAAGCUUAGCGUGAGCAAAUGGCUAUUUCUGGGAACUGGAAUAAUCUCUUGUGAUUAACUGCCCAUGUGCGUUUACCAGGGACCAUCAGUACAAUUCCACACGUGGAGCCUGAACCUCUUGGCAGGGAACAGGGCACCAUCCUAGUGCAGGUGGGAGCACUGGUGGCAUUUUAACAUCUCUUCAGGAUGGCCAGUGGAUGUGGGCUUCUCUUCAUGGUAGGAGAAGUAAUCCCAUCUAAGUGAUGCUCGUGUGUUUAAAAGCCAUGCCGCCUUGCUCUCUGGGUGAAUGUCUCUAUUUAUUGAGGGUUGAAGGAGAAAUGGCAGAGGCUGUUCCUCACACAAAACCUUCUUGGAUUUGUCACAGGCAUAGACCUGAGGCAAAGUCAUUAUUGGCCACAUUUAAAACAAAUAAAAACAACUUACAAGAACCCAUAAUCGGGGGUUGACUGGUUUAGUGGUUUAGGUGUUUUAUAAACAAACAAAAAAGACCAAACACCGCUCUGUCUCAGCUGUACCACAGCUCCUCUAGUUGAAUCACCAGCCAGCUGAGAUGGCUCUGGAGAGCAGGGCAGCUGCUGAAGUCCCCUCAUGAGGUAGAUGGCUGCAGGUGCUACAGGUGGUGCCUAUAUUUGCCAAAAAAAAAAAGUAAAAACAAAAAUAAAAAGUUAAGAUGACCCAGAAAUGCCAAGCCAAGCUUUUAUGCUGAGAUGUCUGACUCAUUGCAAUUAAAAUCCCUAACUAAGGUCUCCUAAUGUACAAACUGUCAGACUUUAAUUAUGGAUAAAAGGAUGUACAGGGUCCAAGGACCAAGUACACGAGAAGGGCUGGGUGUAUGUGUUAAUGCUUUAUGUAGUGUGCAAAGGAAAUGUAGACCAUAAAGGCGUUUUAGUAAGUGCCAGAGAUGCCGUGGGGUCUGUAUGUGAGAAGUAACUGGUGCUGUGGGAAAUGGGUGAAGAUGAGGAGAGAUAGGAGAGGAGGGACUGUCAGAAGGAUGUUCCAAUGCAGAGCUGACAACAUCAGAACCACUGAGGGGUGAAGCAUGCAUAGGUGGGAGGCAUCAGCCUUAGCAAGCUCACUUCUCGAGUGGACACGAGAUUCUCAGUUUCAUUCUUCUCAGAAGGAUGGGUCCUAGACUAUGUAUGUAGUCUAGAUGUGCUAGACAAUGUAAUAUACUCUGAGCAGAAAGCUGGGGUGACCUCUAGAAUGGAAUAUGCCAUCUCCACUGGAUGACCUUCUAGUAUCCUCUUCCUCUAGUCUGACAACAGGAGACUGUGGGUUUUGUGGAUCUUCAGGCAGCUGAGCCACGCACUGUAGGAGAGAAACUGACCCUGCAGUGUCAGGGUCAUGCAAGCCCUAGAGGUCGGCACUUGUGCUAAAGCCACCAUGGUAUGGGGGAUUGUUUGUUACUCAGCAUAUCCUAGCCUUUGCUGAUGAAUGCAUGGUGGUAAUUCCCAGCAUAAGUCUUAUGGAUGCUGAAGGGGAAUGUCUCGUUGUGUUUCAUUAUAUACUUAUAGGCUCCAGCUUACAAAACGAUUCACAGUCCUGACUGGUUAGAGUUGAAUAGGUUUGUGGGAUUUCUUAGAACGUUUAAAAGCAUGGAGAAUUGUGAAACACCAAGCUAAGGGAGACUGUGCAUUAUUCCUAACCUUCUCUAACUGUAAAGUCCUUGCCCCUGUCCCUUGCUUUUUUGGCAAGUGUACUCUUUACCAUUUUUUUCUUUUUGAAGAACUUAGGAAAAUACUGACUAACGUUCUUGUAAUGAUCUAGGAACAAAGAGAAUCUGCCUAAACCAAAGAGAGUCCCGGGCUUGUUUCAAAGCACAAUUCACAAGAAAAGAUGGAGUCUGUAUUUGAAAGGAAGAUAGGUGCAGCUUGAAUGUAAAAUGACCUCCACGGGCUCGUGUGUAGGAACACUUGGUUCCCAGUUGGUGGCGCUGUCUUAGAAUGCUGGAAAUGGCUGGAAGUGGAGCCUUUCUGAGGAAGUGGGUCACUGCUGGCCUUGAGGUUGUAUGGCCUGGCCACUCUUUCCUUCCUUUGGCUUCUGCUGGGAUGCCUUGUGCACCAUGGUGGAAUGUACUUCUUGGAAUUGUAAGCCAGAUGUCUUAAUCGGGGUUUUUAUUCCUUCAAAAAACAUCAUGACCAAGAAGCAAGUUGGGGAGGACGGGGUUUAUUCAGCUUACACUUCCACAUUGUUGUUCAUCACCAAAGGAAGUCAGGACUGGAACUCAAGCAGGUCAGGAAGCAGGAGACAGGAGUUGAUACAGAGGCCAUGGAGGGUACUGCUUACUGGCUUGCUUCCCCUGGCUUGCUCAAUUUGUUUUCUUAUAGAACCUAGGACUACCAGCCCAGGGAUGGCACCACCCACAAGGGGCUGGGCCCUCCCACCCUUGAUCACUAAUUGAGAAAACGCCUUAUAGCUGGAUCUCAUGGAUUUCCUCAAGGGAGGCUCUUUUCUCUGUGAUAACUCCAGCUUGUGUCAAGUUGACACAGAGAACCAGCCAGGACACCAGAAUAAACCUUUCCUUCUUUAAACUGCUUCUUGUAUCACAUUUUGUUGGCACAAUGAGAAAAGUAGCUAAGACGAAAGAAGCAACACUGAAGGGGGGGGACUUCUCUCUGCCUGGCCUUGGAGUCUUCCUACACCAUUCUUCUCACCCUCAGCUAUCCACUUCAUACCUGCCUUACUCCUCCAUCCUCCUGAGCCACUGUCCAGUGUCGGUUCUCUCCCUGUCCACAUUGGGACCUCUUUGAUGCUGUCUUGCUUGCUGUGUCAAAUGGAGAAACGUUGUUACAGAAAUGUUGACACACAGAAAUGCUCCGUCACACACACACACACACACACACACACACACGCAUUCAUGAACGUACUCAGGCUUGCUUGCGUCUUUCACAUCUGUGUUUGUCAUCCAAGCAGCUGAAGUCUUUUUCUCUCUGUCACUUUUCUUAGCUUACCUGUACUACAUCUUACCUAUGGGUAAAUCAGAAUCCUCUUGCCUGGGCCGCUAGGGUGGUACUGAAGUAACUAGUUACACUGUUGCCUGUUUUCUUGGCUCCGCCUCCUGUACUUCCCUCUUUAUAAUAGAUACAUUUGUCAAAUGUCUACGCUGAGUCUUUAACAAAGGUGUACUUUGAAUUUAAAAAAAAAGAAUGCAUCUGGAUCUAGAGGACACAAAAACCAAUGAGAUGUAUCUCUUCCUUCAAGUUCUCUGGGAGAGUCACACACACCUGAGGAAGUCACUGUAGCAAAUUGGAGCCUCAUGCUACUGCAGCUACACAGCCCUCCCUAUAUUCUGGACCUUGGCUGGGAGCAUCAGAGAAGGCUUUCCCUGUGGAUCUGAGGCUGGAAGUGAGCCUUAAUGAAGUCAGCAAGUGCUGGGGAGAAGGACCUGAAGGUGCACGGAUUGGCAGAGUGGAAUGAGUUACAGAAGCAUUGUGUAUGCUCGAGAGCACUCACUGCUUGUCCUUCAGUCUCGUGCAGGGACAAACUCUCCAUUCUGAUAGACUUUCAUGUUCAGAUGAUCCCUUUGGCCGUCCUCAGCCUCCCCCUUCCUAGGACUUCUGGUGACUCCUUUCUUUACCUUCUGAUCUUCUCAACGUGCUCCCUUUUCAUCUCAAAUCGCCCUUGACUAUGACUUUCCCCUUGAGCCGUCUAGCCCUUCCUUAUGUGUGCUUUUUCCCAUUAACAGUAUUAUAGAUCAUUAUCCUUGGACUCUGACUCUCUCUUCUAUAUGGUCCAUUCUGCUGUGAGUUUUCCCUCAUGGUUAUGUCUACUCAAGUCUGAGUUUUCGUUAGUAAGAAACAUGAGUGUAAAUGAGGAGUCGUAAUGGAUGUGGAGCAUCCCCCUGCCCGUGUGUCAUUUGUGAGCUGAUGGUUUUUGACAGUGCCAGGUGGAAGCAGUUGGGAAGCACCAGGGUCUCCCUGCAUCCAUACCUAGGAACAGCUGGGGACAAAUCUGCUUUGAGUUUCUGGAGCCACAUCGGUCUAUUAAUAAAAUCCUGUUCUGCAGGCAUUCUGGGAGCAAAGAUGUGUUUCCUUCUUGUCCAAUUAUGUUUGGUGGAUGCUUUUUUUGGGAAACUGCCAUACCCGUAGUUAAUAUGUGGCCUUUGUUGUAUCUGUGUUGCUAAAACAGAAAACUAAUUGAGUUACCUUCCACGGUACCAUGGGUAGUGAUUUAACCACUCCUGCUUGGUCCUUCAGUUUUUGCCAUAGCCCCCAGCAAAGUACUAUCGCUCACCAGUUACCUCACCCCAUCCCCAUGCCCACAUUGCUAAGAAACCCUUCCUAUUCCUCCAGCUUCAGCUCCAGGGACCCUCUGGAUUGUAGAAGCUCUGGACUAGACUACAUGCAGGACGUGUAGUCGCCUCUGUUACCGCACCAUAACUGCAUGUAACCCGCCAUUCCUGGUGCAUUAUCACAGGGUUGUUAGUACUUGCAAAACAAAUGGUUACCUGGGAAAUGAAGUGAUUUAGAUUUUGUUACUCUGCCAUUCAGUGAGUCGAGACUGAAGAAUAGUCAUCUUGUAAAUCAGUACACUGUCUAGUCUUAGAAGUUGAGCUUUACUGUAUCAGCUGUAUCUCUAAUUAGAUGCCUUGCCUGCGAUCACCAUUUCAUUGCAGGCAGGCUCGCAAGCCCUAGUGUUUUGAAAUAGAUGCCAUUCUUCAUUAUUUUUUAAUUGGGAAAGGGAAGUACAUCCCUUCACAUUUCUAUAGGGACACCCUCAAGAGCUGAAGACUUACCAGUGACCACAUCUGAACAUGGACUACGAACGCUUCAUCUAAAAAGGGGGCAAACCCAGUUGUGAAAGUAUCAGGAUGGUCCUGUGUGCUUAAAGGAGUAAUCCCAUCAUGCGUGCAUGGUGGGAAGUCUGCCUGAUUCUGAGUUUGGGAUACAGGGAAGCUCUCCCGGAGAAGUCAAACUAUCCACUUGUUCAACCAGUACUUACUUUGUGGGUUGUUGUAUUAUGUGUGUAUGUCUGUGUGUAGCUAUGUGCACAAGAAGGCCAGAAGAGGGAAUUUGCUUUGCUGGAAGUGUAGUUAUAGGUGUUGUGAACUGCCUGACAUGGGAGCUGGGAGCCAAACUCAGGUCCUCUGUGAGUGCUUGUCCUGAACUACUGAGCCAUCAUCUCUCCAGCUCCCUUCUGAGCCAAGAGUUGUCAGACGCUGACUCCAUGCUGGGUGCUGGGUAUUGGGAGUGGAACAGAGAAGCCUGGUCCCUGUCCUUACAGAUUUUACAGUCAGGGCUGAUACACGAAGGAAGGUAGGAGUAUCGAUGAAUGGGCCAUGAAUGGGUCAGUGUGGCUUUGAAAAUGAAAACCAGUGUGCAAAGGCUUGGGAGUGAAUGCUUAUGUUGGAAAAUAAAGCUGAGGGGAAGGCAGGAUCCUGUAGAUAAACAGCCUGACAUUCAGUAAGAACUUCUCACGUGCUCCUUGUCUUAGGAUUUCUGUUGCUGUGAAGGGGCACCAUGACCACAACAACUCUUAUGAAGGAAAACACUUAAUUGGGGCUGGCUCAUAGUUCAGAGGUUUAAUCCAUUGUCAUCGUGUCAGUGGCAUGUAGGAAGACAUGGUGCUAGAAGAGGAGCUGAGAGUUCUACAUCUGGAUCAGCAAGCAGCAGGAAGAGAGAAUGACACUAGGUCUGGCUGGAGCUUCUGAAACUUCAAAGCCCCCCCUCCCCACCCCCCAGUGACACACUUCCUCCAACAAAGCCACACCUCCUAGUAGUGCUGAGCUCCCUAUGAGUCAGUCUAUAGGGGCCAUUUUCAUUCUGGCUAGCGCAAAUAGGUCAUUGAGGCCAGUCAUUGGCUUGUACACUUUAGCAAAUGCUCGAGUGCCUUGUUGACUAAGAAGCUUGUUGCAUGAAAAAGAACAGGGGAGAUCGUAAGGGAAGCCUGUCACAGGAGAGGGAGUCUGUGGUUCCGCACGCUUUUCCUCCCUCGGGGCUUCUGGAUGCUACUACACACUGGGCUGGAAGCAGAGCCAGGAAUGGGUCGAGGUCUGCAGGAUCCCAGUCCAGCUGAGAGUGAGUUGGGGGAUGGGGUGCUUCUCCAAGAACUUUAGUAUUACAGCUCUCUUAGACUAUAUUCAAUGAAAUAGCUUGUGCAUAUACACUUUUUCUGGUGUGGACAAGGGCUAUAUAUGACCCGUGGUGAUUUCAGGGUGAAUGGAAAUCAUUGGCUGGAGUUUAAAGUUCUGCGAAUGCCUCAUUGGCAUGGAGAGGCACUCCAGGAAUCCCCGGUGCUCUCUGGGCGGGUGGGUUCUUAUCUGGAAAGAGGAAGUUGAGCUGGUAGGUUUACCAUGGACUUCAUGACCUUCCUUAGUUAGAGAGUAUGGCGAUUGGACUCCCCAGGUAAGGGAAGCCCUGCUGGAAAGGGGAGUCCUCCAUUUUGCACUGAGCUCAGAGGAGCUAUCCAGACGUGGUAGACUACAACCCUAAUUAGCAGGGUUUCCCAACAGGAUUCUCAUGAGGCAUUCACAUAGUGAUGACCUUCUUCUAAAACUAGACAAUCCAUUGGCUUUCAAGAGAAUGCCAGUGGCUUUUACCUUGGGAACCUUCUCAGGGUUUGGGGUUAUUCUCCACUGCUCUUCGGUGGGUUGGGGUGGUGAGACGGUGGCCAUUGGCUUCCUGUGCUGUGUCCUCUAGUUUCCAUUGUGUCCUCUGUUUACAUGUUAUAGAGCUACUCAAAUAUCUCUGCCAUUUAAAAUUUUUAUCACCUUGAGCCCUUAUUGAAAAGCUUUCUAUUCUUUUAAACCAAUAGACUUUUUAUUGAGAGGAAAGGAAAAAAAAAAAAAAAAAGACUAGCAUUUGUGACUGGGAAUGGCCAUAAAUUGUAAUUCUAAUAACCAUGUUGGUUUCUCUGCAGACCUUCUAAUGGCAUUUAACUUUCCACCUGGGGGAUACUUUGUCUCCACUUUCAGCGCAAGCGCCCCUUUAUCUUCUUAGGAUGCUGUUACUGCCCAGUGGUUUUAGUUGAUUUUUCAGACAAACCAAUGCUGCUAGUGAAAGGGCAGUGGCCUGUGCUGGCAUAAGGCAGCAGAUGAUGGCCAUUUUCAUGGUCACCCCACAUCUUUGAGCAGCUACUCAGCCCUCCCUUCCCUGGAUAAUUCUUCCCAUUAUGGGUUAGCCUGCAUGAAACGCUGCAAGUCAAAAGGACAUAGACAUCGCUGGAAUGUCUUUUUAAAAUUGUCAUUACAGGCGUCUGCUUUCUGAACCCAGUGUACUUAAUUACUUUUAUGUAAGUGCCCAGCAUGUUUCUAGUAAAAGUGGAAAUGGAGAAAAUUUUCCAAAGAAUUUCUAUCCGUUUCUCCUUGAACGGCUCCCCCUGACACCCGCUCUUGGCUGUGUUCUGAGAGUCUCUUUGAUGGGUUGAAAUUUUGCAGCCUUAUACCAAUGGCUCUUGAACUUUAAAAGCAUCAGAGGCCCAAGCUGAUUAAUAUAAAUUCACAUAGGUAUCUGAUGUCAUUUUUUUUUUACUGCAUUUUAUUUAGUGAUGGUCUCGGCACUCAGUGCACAUGCCCCAUCCCCUGCCUGGAUUCCUGUCUCUCCAGUUUCCACACAGUGGUUAGUGUGUUUCUCUUAUCUGGAGUCCAAGGAGAAGCUGUCACUCAUAAGGCCCAUGAGAUGAUUAAACAGAUACGGCAUUUCACAUAUGAUAUUUCAUGUAUUAAUAGCAUUUCACGGCGAGGGAAUUAGGGCAGCAUUUGAGAUUAUAUAAGGCUAUGAGGAUGCACCUCUCGUGGAACAUUACUGUCUUCCUAAGAGACCCACUCUGGUCCGCCUACCUAUCUUCCCAUGUGAUACCCCCCACCCCCACCUUUGCUGUGAUGUAACAAUAGUGGCCACACCAGAUGCCAAGAAUAUGCUGGUGACCUGUUCUUGGAUUCUCCCUUGCCAGAACAUGGAGCCAAAUAAACCUCUUUUUAAAAAUUAAUUUAUUGAUCCCACAUAUUUUGCUAUAGCAACAUAAAAUUAACUGAGGCGUAUGGGAAGCUGUUGUCCCUGACUGCGUUGCAUCUGCCCUCUCUGGAAGUCCUUUCAGGGCAAGCUUACAGUUGUUUAUUGCUUUUUUUCCCCCAACUCUAGCGUAGAGUUGGAUUAGAAAUCCAUUGUUCUAGCUGUUUGCCACCAUUGUUAAGUGUUGUAGACUACACCUGAUCUCAGUCAGGGGUUUCUAACCAGCCUUUGAUUAUUCUAUCCCUAGAUAAAGGACACAUGUGACUUUUCAUUGAUCAUAAGUCUUUGUCAGCACUAUAGCUGGGCAGAUAUCUACCCUCUAUGCUACUGGAAUCUACUUUCCUAUCGAUAACCUUGAAUUAUUAUUUAUCAUAUUCCAUCUGAGCUGCUCUCAACUCCAAUUUUCCAGCUUUCACAGUCAUGAUUCUUACCCCACAGAGGCUUUCUCUUCUCCCCGCCUUCUUCUCCUCCCUCCUACUCUAUUCAGACCCCAAGCCCAGAGAGCCCCUAACCCUGCCUAUGUCUUUUCUGCCCAGCCAUUAACUGUCAGCAUCUUUAUUUAACCAAUAGUUUUAAAUUAAGGAGCAAGGUCACAUUGUGUGUGCAGAUGCUCUCACUUCUGGGGCCAGUAUUUAGCAUUACAAUAUAAGCAAGCAUCAGACCUGCCCCACUACAGUUUGGAGACAGACUUCUGGCUUCUCAGUCAGCACACCCCCCCCACCUCCCAACUUUUAUAGCCUUCAUAGAUGUUUUUCUCCACUUGCGCAUAGUCCAGGUAGUCAGAAAAAUACGUCUUCCUUGCCUCUUUAGAUAGUUUUUCUUUAAUGAAAUAACAAUAAGCAAGUCUCAUUCCCUCUUAGACAUGCAUGACUGUGGAUGAAGCAAUUUAAUAAGCAAGUCACCCUCUGCUUGGCCUCAGAAUUUAUAUUCCUCUUGUGUUUUGCACUUUAAAACAAAUGGAACGUUAAUUUCUUCUCCGCCUUGAGCUUUUAAAAUAUGAUCUUAAUUGAUGUUGCUCUCAUAACCCCAGUGGCUAGUUUCAACGUCUCUACCCUCUGUCCUGACAGAACCCAAAGGAAGUGAGGAUGGGAAUGAAGGGGAGAGGCAUCAGCCUCCGGAGACGAUGCUUCUUGCAAGCCACACUUCCUCUCCCAGUCCUGAAAUGGAAGGGCAUGCUGGGUUAUUAAUGCUGGGAAGAGCACACACAAUGAGGACCAAGCCAGCUGCGAGGUGCUCACAGUGAAGAAGAAAGCCGGAACCAUUACUUCCACCCCGAACAGAAACUCCAAGAGAAGGUCAUCACUUCCCAACGGGGAAGGCCUGCAGUUAAAGGAGAACUCUGAGUCCGAAGGCAUCUCCUGCCACUACUGGUCCCUGUUUGACGGUCACGCAGGCUCGGGGGCUGCCGUGGUGGCAUCGCGCCUGCUGCAGCACCACAUCACGCAACAGCUGCAGGACAUCGUGGAGAUCCUGAAGAACUCGGCCAUCCUUCCCCCGACCUGCCUGGGGGAGGAGCCAGAGAGCACGCCAGCCCACGGCAGGACCCUAACCCGCGCGGCCUCACUGCGUGGAGGUGUGGGUGCCCCGGGCUCCCCCAGUACGCCACCCACGCGCUUCUUCACUGAGAAGAAGAUCCCGCACGAGUGUCUGGUCAUCGGGGCCCUGGAGAGCGCUUUCAAGGAAAUGGACCUUCAAAUCGAACGCGAGAGGAGUGCGUAUAAUAUAUCUGGCGGCUGCACGGCCCUCAUCGUGGUUUGCCUCUUGGGGAAGCUCUAUGUGGCGAAUGCUGGCGACAGCAGGGCCAUAAUCAUCAGAAAUGGAGAAAUCAUCCCCAUGUCUUCCGAAUUCACCCCUGAGACUGAGCGCCAGAGACUUCAGUACCUGGCGUUCAUGCAGCCCCACUUGCUGGGAAAUGAGUUCACACAUUUGGAGUUUCCAAGGAGAGUGCAGAGGAAGGAACUCGGGAAGAAGAUGCUGUACCGGGACUUUAAUAUGACAGGCUGGGCAUACAAAACCAUUGAGGAUGAUGACUUGAAGUUCCCCCUUAUAUAUGGAGAAGGCAAGAAGGCCCGAGUAAUGGCAACUAUUGGAGUGACGAGGGGACUUGGGGACCAUGACUUAAAGGUUCAUGACUCCAACAUCUACAUAAAACCAUUCCUGUCUUCAGCUCCAGAGGUCAGAGUCUACGAUCUCUCCAGAUAUGAGCACGGAGCAGAUGACGUGCUGAUCCUGGCUACUGAUGGACUCUGGGAUGUCUUAUCCAACGAAGAAGUAGCGGAAGCAAUCACUCAGUUUCUUCCUAACUGUGAUCCAGACGACCCUCACAGAUACACACUGGCGGCUCAGGACCUGGUGAUGCGUGCCCGAGGCGUCCUGAAGGACCGAGGGUGGCGGAUAUCGAAUGACCGACUGGGCUCAGGAGAUGACAUUUCUGUAUAUGUCAUUCCUUUAAUACACGGAAACAAACUGUCAUGAAAGUGACCCAGGGGACUAGGAGGACAGAAGGGAAGAAAACUGGGGUGCCUACGAGCAGGGCGGGACCGGGGAGUGCCUGGGCUGGAUUCCAGGUGAUGCAUAUUUUUCCCAGCCCAGAUGGGGAGUUUGCUGCCCAAAGGCCUCUCUGGUUUUGCUUCCAGGUGACCCUUAGGUUUCCACUUCUUCUUUGGUAACAAGUCUGGACACUGAAUAAGAGCCAAACACAAAGCCUGCUACUGAGUGUUAUAUUUCUCUUGGUUUCUAUGGUAGGGGCUCCUAGGCAGCGAUUGCCUAUUUGGGGCACAGGCAUACAUUUAUUUAUUUUAUCUAGAAUAGCAGCAGGGACAGCCAUUUCAGGUGUAACUGGUGAAAGCCCCUCCUCAGCCCGACAAGCUGCCAGCAUCUCUCUGGGAGAAGAGCCACAUUGAAAAGUUGAGGACCACGGCUCAGAAUGUCUGAGCAGCCAUCUUAUUGUGCGUUCCAGUUAUUUCAGGGAUCCUGCCUGUCCUGUCUCAUUCCUCCCCCUCUUUCCUGCCCCCCUCUGUUUCUCUAAAGUCUUUUGUGGUAAUGGUGGUGUGAGGCAGAGACUUGUUUUUUUUUUUUUGGACACUCCUCCUAUCGUUCUCAUUCCCCUCCAAUGGAACUUUCCAAAUUGCCACUGGACAGUGUCCAGAUCAGAGACUAGACCCAUCUGGCUAGUCCCAUGUUCCGUGCCCCAUACACACCUAUAGUUUUGUCCAGAGCAAUGUCCCAGGUGACAGUUUGUCUUUGUUGUGUUUUCUCCCCAAAUAGAUAUGUUUGCUUCAAAAUGUGGGUGUUUCAUUGGACCAACAGUUCCUGUGCUAUCUCUAAGGUCCCAUCUGGAGGUUUAGCUGUGAGAGGCUGGGUUUUAUUUCUGGAAUGGGUGGUGCUCCCUCACCUUCUGUGUCCUGGAGACACAUAGGAAGCAGCAUCCAGUGCCGUAGCUCAGCAAGUUCUUGUACCCAUCAGCUAACCGUGCUUCAUUAGGGAAGAGUGUGGGGCUCAGGCUCCUUGGUCGCUGUUCUCCAGGCCACACCACAGGAGGUUUGAGUGUCACAGCUCAGCUAAGCAGUGACUACUCUCUUCCUGUCACCUUUGUGCAAGGGUAUCUGGGAUGACACUUGAAUUAAAGUGAAUUUGAAUUGCAGUUGGUCAUUGUGAUGUUCCCCCAUUCCUCAAGGGAAUCGCAGUGUAGAAACUUAAGAGCUGAGACCCCCUUCCUACUAUGCAUCCACUGGUGUGCAUGCCUCAGUGGCACGCACAUGGGCACAUGGGCACAUGGGCAUAGUAUCUACCUACUGCUUCCUUGCCGGGAAGAACAGCAAAGUCCAGUUUAAAGAUCACUGCACAGCUGCUCUGCCCAGGGGCCUUCAGAGCUGCAUCCAGUUGCUUAGUCCUGUUCCCGUAGUCUUCCAGGAUAUCGGCUUUCUGACAACUUGGUAUAAUUCAGACAUUUCCAACCCAAGGAAGGAACCAAUGGUGUCAUUUCCCCCAAGAUGCAAUCCCAGCUCUUGUGUUUACGAGAAUUCCUUCCCAGGGGAGAAGGGAGGGGCACUUCUUCCAGGCUGGUAAGCCAUCCACAUUCCUAGAAUUGUAGAUAUUUUCUUAGGAAAGGUCUGGUGCCUUCCUACUCAGGAACAAAGUCACCCCACUGUUUAGAGCCAGGGUCCAGCCCGGCAGGUGACACACUGUGCGAGUGUGCCAGCUCACUGCGGCGGGAAGACUGGGCAUCUGACCAUGGAUGCCUCUCCUUCAGGAAGUCUUCACCACCCCAGACGCCUUGGUGGGGAGUGUUCUGUGGUAACCAUUUGCUUCCCGGGAAGAAUAUGACGCUGUAAAAAACUGUCCAAGCAUGCUACAGUCGCAUGGUGGUCUUCCCACCAUCGCCCAGUUCUCAAAGUCACACACAAAUGGGAAAUUUGAGAAAGUGUUGAAUUCUAUGGAGGACACAAACUGCCUUCCUUGGGGGAGCAUUUCCAGGUUCCCGAUGCCUUUCGAAUUUUUUGCUUUUCUGAUCUCCCAGAGUCUCACCUUGACCUUCUCCAAUCAUAUUUAAGCCACCAGAGUCAGAACUGGAGUGUAAAUAUCCUGUAGGUGCCAGUGGCAACAUUCUCCCAAUUCUUCCAUUGUCAAACCAAAUCUGAAAGACUCCAAUUACCCUAAAACCUGGAGUCCUGCUGGUCUUAGCUGGAAAGGAAUCCAGGAGUUCUCUUCAUGAGAAGCUGGGUGGAAAGAUCUAAGUCACAAGCUAAAGCUCUGUGUGUGUUGGGGGGCAGGGGGGGGGGGGAAGACUACAAAUGAAUCGGAUAAAUCAAAAAGUGGAAAAGUGAUUCGUUAAUGCCCAUGGCAGAUCUGCCCAGCACUGAUAUUGCUCUGUGCUUUGGGUUUAACUCUGUGUGGGCCUUAUUGUUACCCCAGACUCCAAGUCACCCUGUCCCAGAAUAGGAUGGGUCUGUGUAGCAAGUUGGCCCUUGGAGAAUUCCUGGGAAGGCCAAAGAAACAACACACUCAGAAUUCUGCAAAAUGUAUUUCGGUGUGUGUCUAGAAAUCAUGCCUGUCUGACUUCCAGCUGGACUUGCUUGCCCUAAUAGCCUCAGAGGAAGCCUUGAGUGAUGAAGUGCGUUUGAUUUCCAAGUCUAGUCUUUACGGGCGUCUUGGGGGUUGUGUGGCUACUUCCUUUAAUGAAAGGCUCACUCAACCCUAAAUCUCUUCUUCGCUCAGCCUGCAUCUGCUCUUCUGACUCCUGGCACUUCCCUGAAGAGUGUGAACCCUGAAGCGUCUUCCUAAGUGACAACUAAAGCUUUGUUCCUCUAACACCAACAGUCACCACACAAAGGUGCGGGAGGGACCUGCUGGGGUUGUGUAUGCCCAGUGACUGCCCUUUGUGGCUGGGAAGGAAGGUGACAGUUAGGCUGGACCAAUAGGCAGCUGUCUGACUGGGACAAGCCAAAGAAGUUAGUGUUUCAGCUAGUUUUCACAGUAUUCGAUUUUGACAGAUUUGGGAUGUUGAGUUUUUUUUUAAUUCUUAGCAUCUUACCUCCAUGGGGCUACAUGAAGCCAGUCAUGUCUUCCCACCACUCGCCCCUGAAAGUCACUUUCUUGAAGGAAAUCAUGCCCCUAGAUGGAUAUUGAUGAUCAAGAAUACUUAGAGACUCAGGAGCCAAAUUUCACUCGAGACCUUGGCCAUUUGGGUAGGGAGUCCAGUACUCCCAGGACACUAGUUUGGAAUCCUUUUGGGAAAGUGUCUGAUUUGUUCUCAUCUCCCCCUCCCCCGUGCCCUUUCCUCAUCUGCCCGUUUGCUUUUUUUUUUUUUUUUUUUUUUUUUUUUUUUGAGGGAGCAAGUGGCGGAUGCUGUUGUGUGCAAUUGUUUGAAGGUUUUUACUUUUUCCUAAGUGAGCCAAGAUCUCUGAUGCUUUCAGAGCACGUUAUGCUGUGAUGAGAUUCUAAUUUCAGUGAGUCAGUACCUCCAGGGCAGCUGGAGAAAGCAAUGAAAUUGUCUAUGCAAGGAACAAACAGCCUGACCCUACCAGAUCUAAUAGAGUCGUAGGGCAGACUUCAGCCACAGGACAGGAUUUUGUGUUGGGAGCUUAUGAAUGUCAGGGCUCAUGAAUACAGAGAAGUAUUACAGCCUGCAGACCACAGCCCACCUCUCUGGGCAAUCUUCGGGUGCUAUGUGGCAAUGUGGCGUCAUGUGUGUGAGUGUGUGUGUGUGUGCACUGGAACUUUCAGAGGAUGCUACAUGGGCAGCCUGACUUCCUCUCUGAGCCUCGUGGCCCCUGUCAGAUGUGAUUGCCACUGCUCUUUCAAAUUCAAAAUGUUAUCUGUGUAAAUAGCUUUGGUAUUUCUUUUCCAUGUCUUAGGUGAAGUUUUGUUCAUGUAACAACCAGGUACGAGGUGACCGAAUAAAGCUAUAAACAUACUGUUCAGUUGUCGUGUGCUGAAGAUGGAGAACCUGGGUCCUCCAUCUCUCCUCUCUCUCAUUAGAUGAGUAUCUUGUGCGUGUUUAGGGGGUCCUGCCGUUACUUCUUCAUUCCUGAUUCGCCUCUAAUUUUCUUUGUUUCUUUGGAAACCCCAGGAGGCGCCUACUAAGGAUCAAUUGUAAGAAUAUGUAUAUGGUGAUCUGGGUUUCCAAAAAUUACCCUAUAUAUAGUGAACUGAGAAGAAUCUGCCUGGAGAUUGGUUUUCGAACCACGUACCUUUAUGCCUCGUGAUUGUGAAACAUUGACUUUUGUAAACCCCCAAAUGAAAACCUGUUUAGUAAAGGGGAUAUAUUUUGUGUGUUUUGAAAUUUAGGUGCAAUGUCCCCUGGAAAAAGCUCAAGAACUGUAUAUGCUCAAUGGCAUUUUAAAUAAAAUACUAUAUAUGUAUAU